GCGCACCCACGCCUCACUUCUUCCUUGUAGAAAAGAGCAAAUCUGUGAGUCGCUCUCUGGUGAGUUUCAACGCUUCGCACGGCGGCUGACAAGUGAACGCGAUGGGGAAAAUCGAGUGGGCCAUGUGGGCCAAUGAGCAGGCGCUGGCCUCGGGACUCAUUCUCCUCACUGGAGGCAUUGUGGGGGUGGCUGGGCAGUUCAGGGGCUGGCAGUUUGCUGCUUAUGCCAUUGCUGCUGGAGUAUUUGUGUGUCUUCUGGAGUAUCCAAGAAGCAAGAGGGCCAAAGGCACAAGUGUGGAGAGAACUGGUCAGUACUGCUUCACGGUGUGUGUGAAAUCCUUUGGGCCACUGACGAGGAACUACUAUGUCAGAGCAUUUUUACAUGCUGCAAUCUGUGUGCCUGGCGGUUUUAUGCUCGCGACUGUCCUCGGAUGUGUCUGCCUCGGAAUCGCCAGCAUUAUCUACCUUGCAGCAGCUAUCCGAGGUGAACACUGGGAGCCCAUUGUUCCGAGGAAGGACACGGUCCGACCGCCACCUGCCGACAUCAAGAAUCCUCCCCAAAAUCCACCACCAAGACCUCCUCCUGAGACGCGCAGGAAACGGGUAGAGGACCUUGAGGGAGCGGCCUAUGACAACCCCAUUCCUGUGAAAGACUAACUAAUCAGUUCAAUGCAUGAUCUUCUUAAACCUUUCCCUUGUCUCUCUGAGAGUUUUGUACAAUUAUUCAAAACCAGUCCCAGUGGGACUUCACAACAUUGUCUUAUUCCGGACAAACGAUUGGUUUUCUGAAGUCAAGUGAAGGAAAUGAGUGGACUUCAUGUCGGCCCAGACAAAGUACUGUACUGUGAGAGUGAAGUAAAAAUGGUUCUUUAUCACAAUAAUUGAGAAUUCAAAGGAAGAUGGUUGGAUUGACAUGAACUUUUGAGGCAAAAACGUAAAGCACAGAAGACCAUGUAAAUGCUAUAGCUGCUAAGUGUCAACCGUUCAGAGGUUAGCAAGUCAACAGACUGCAGGUGAUGUAGGUAUCGCACUGCUGUUAUAAAAGUGCAAACCAAUGCCUGUUUCUUUGCCGACCACCAGAAAUAUAUGAAGUUGAGUUGCAUCCAUUGUAUUGUUUUGCAUUGCACGGAUCUUACAAUAUCUUAGUAUGUACUUGCACUCUUAUCUUAACCGCCGUGUAUUUAUGUAUUUCUUGAGGUCAACUGAUCAUAACAACAACAUCCAUGUUUACUAGGAUUAAGUUAACAUAUUGGGCUGGGGCUGUAUCGGGCUGAUUGCAUACAUUGAUACAUUGGGCCUUUAUCAUUAUUUUAUUGCCUGUAUUUUGAUUUCUCGUAAAUAAAAGCCUUCUGUGCAUUGAAUCAUGA